AUGAUUGAAAAAGAAGACCGAUAUCUGAGCCCAGGUGAAGAGGAAGACCAUGGGAAUCUUGAUGAGAGAAAGCCACAAGCGACCCAAAAUAGAUUUGCCGUUGAAGCGAUCGUUCCCUACUUCAAAGGCUUCAGAAGAGAACACCUCGCUUCCUUGAAAAAUCGCGAACUGAUCUACCUUCUGAUUGAUGCUAUAGCUGUAACUGGUAUUCUGCUGGACAGGGCAACCGCCGAUGGAAAGGAGACAAGGCAAAAACUGUUGCCCAGGCGCGAGUUGGACUACCUUGCGAUCAAGACUGUAGUUUUCAUCAACUGUCCCCUCCAAUACCAAGGCUAG